ACGAAUCGUCUUGUUCCUGCAUUUAGUCUUACAGCUUAAGAUUUUAUUUAUUUUUUAUAAUAUAAUAAUUAACAGUGAACUUUUUCAGUGUUCUCUACUGAAAUUACCUCCUUUUCCCGCCAGUGAUCAUGAUUUGGUGAUCAUAUUGUAUUUUGAUUAUCUUUCCUAUAGACGAUAUUUUUAUGUGAAAUAUUUGAACUUCAAAAAAAUCAUGUUCACUUCAAUCAGAGGUAUAAAAAUUGCCAAAGUUAUUUAUCUACACAACCAACCUAUUAGGAAGUGUACUACACUAUCCAAUGCAAGUUUCAAAAUUACUUCCAAGAAGAAAUGGGGUCUUUUAUUUGCAACUGCUAUUGCUACACCUGGUAUCUGGUAUCUCCAGGCUGGGAACCAGCAACAACGAAAGGCCAGGGUUACAGUCCAAGGCAUAGGUAGAUUCCUAAGAUCACUUGUAAUUGGAGCAACCAUAUCUACAGACUAUUGGUGGUCAUUAAGAAGUAUUGAUGAAGAUUCAAUACAAUAUCAGCAGGAAUUAAAAAAAACCCAUCAGCGCACUGCUGACCGGAUUCUAGCUUGCUGCCUUAAGAAUGGAGGGUUGUAUAUUAAACUUGGACAGGGUUUGGUUUCCAUGAAUCACAUUCUACCCAAAGAAUAUUUAGAAACAUUGAAAGUGCUCCAAGAUAGAUGUCUUGCCAGAGGUGCAACUGAAAUUGGGCAACUAUUCGAUGAAGAAUUUGGAAAGGACCACAAACAGUUGUUUCAGUCAUUUGAUGAGGAGCCUAUUGCUGCAGCAAGUUUGGCUCAAGUUUUCCGUGCCAAAUGUCACGAUGGAAGGGAAGUUGCCGUGAAGGUUCAGUACAUUGAUUUGCAAGAUCGGUUCAGUGGUGACAUUGCAACAAUUGAAAUACUUUUAGAACUGAUUAGUUGGAUGCACCCGAAAUUCGAAUUUAAAUGGGUACUUAAGGAUUUAAAGGAAACACUUUGCAAGGAACUUGAUUUUCUAAAUGAAGGUCACAAUGGUGAAAGAUGUGCCAAAGAACUAUCUUCGUUAUCUUACGUUUACGUACCAAAAGUUUUUUGGGAUUUUACGAGCAAGCGAGUAUUGACUACCGAAUUUAUUGACGGGAUCAAAAUAAGCGAUACCAAUUCCUUAGAGAAGGCAGGACUCUCGAUAAAGGAAGUCAGCCACAAGCUGAUUGAAACGUUUGCUGAGCAAAUAUUUCAUACGGGUUUUGUCCAUGCCGAUCCCCAUCCAGGAAACAUCCUAGUCCGUAAAAGGAAGAAAGGUGACGCCGAGAUUGUUCUGCUAGACCAUGGCUUAUACGAAGAGCUUCCGUCGAAUGUUCGCAAGUCCCUUUGCCGGCUGUGGUCCUCAAUUAUACUCAACGAUCAUGCCGGAAUGAAACGCCAUGCUGCCGAACUUGGAGUUAACGAUUACCGUUUGUUCUGCAUGGCCGUAUCGCAGCGCUAUAUCUCAGCGCCGCCCUGGCCAACUGACGGUGAUUCAAUAAGCCAGGUCUUUGGGAUGUUUUACGAUCACAAAGGGCCAAAAGCAGGCGAAUGGCAGAAGAUGACAACCGAACAACGCCAUGCAAUACGAAUUCAAAUGGAAGACGUUCACGAGCGGAUGAUGAGCAGCUUCCGAGCGAUGCCCUCUCAAUUGAUGCUUAUAUUUAGGAACAUCAAUACUGUUAGGGCAAUAACUAAAGACCAUGGAAGUCUUGUCGAUCGAUACACAUUGAUGGCAAGAAGCGCCACGCGAGGAUUUUUCAUCGUUCCAGGAGCUUCAUUCCGGCAACGCCUUCAAGGAAUCUGGCAACAAUUUCUCUUCGAUUGGCGGUUGUGGUGGGAUAAAACCCAGAUGAGGCUAACCUUUUGGAGUCUUCGCGUGUUAUUUUGGCUUGGCCGUGCACCUGACAUGACAGUCCUUGUGCAAAUGGUUGAGUAACAGUAAAAUAGCAGUAGCUCGAAAUUUAACGUGAAACUUGUAAUUUCAAAAAUAUUGUUGAACAGAUUUCAAUCAUACAAACUUCUUACAGUAGGUGAAGUUCACCGCAUGAAACCCA